GGCAGCUUUGAGGGACAGGUCCGGUGGCCAAUAGGCCUGAAGUCUUGGCCAGAACCACCCAAUGGGAGCGUGCGGAUCCGGGCUGAGGGGCGGUCCUGGCAAGGAGGCAAGUUAGGCUGAGGAGUGGGCUUUUAGAAGUCGCCGUGCGGCUGAGGCAGCGGCGGGGAAGAUGGCAGAUUUUUUGAAAGGAUUACCAGUCUACAACAAAAGCAACUUCAGUAGAUUUCAUGCAGACUCUGUAUGUAAAGCAUCGAACAGAAGACCGUCAGUAUAUCUUCCCACAAGGGAAUAUCCAUCUGAACAAAUCAUAGUAACAGAAAAGACAAACAUACUUUUGCGUUAUCUACAUCAGCAAUGGGACAAAAAGAAUGCAGCAAAGAAGAGAGAUCAAGAGCAAGUGGAAAUAGAAGGUGAGAAUUCGGCACCACCACGGAAAAUUGCUCGGACAGACAGCCAGGACAUGAAUGAGGACACUUAAACUAUUGCUCUCUCCUACACUAUUUUGCAGGCGCUUCCUGUUUUGUCUCAAAAUGUGUAAAUUUCCGCACCCCUUCCCCCCCCCCCCCCCACUAUGCAGCCCAAACCACUUCUGACUUCAUAGGAGCCAAUGUAUUUAUUUUUUCUUCAGUUUUUAUUUAUGCUGUAAAACUUACGGAGCAAUCAGUGGUGGAACAAGCCAGCAAAUGAUGUAUUGUAACUUUAAUCCUUUUUUAAAAAACAUACAUUGUCACUUUUCCAGAUUUUGUUAAACCUGUUGCUUAAUUAACCCAGUUUGCCGUGGAAGCCUGGAGAGGAGACAUGAUUUUACAGCAUGCAAAUUCCAGUGGUAUAGGCUUUCUGGUUCAUAUACCCACUGGUAUAUUACAGUAGUCAACUCUGUAUUGGCUGUAACCAGUCUAGCAGUAAUUUUUUUAUUUUGGAGGGGGGGGGGAGGGUAGGGGAUGAAGGGGCUCAUCUGCUCUGAAAUGUUGAUCCUAAAAUCAGCUCUGUACUAGGAAAUCCUGGGAGGUCAUUAGGGUUAUGCUGAUCUUAUCAAAUGUGGUCAGCUUGAUAGAACAGUUGUGGGUUUUUUUGUUCAGCAGCAUAUGUUAUCACACGCAUCAAUGGUCAUAGAGAAAUCAAGUGACAGGUGUGUUGCUUUGGUUGCUCUUACAUUUUAACAGCCUUUUGGUCUUGAAUGGACUGGUAUGUGCAACUUCUCCACUGGAAUAAAAAGGAUACUUUUAUCCUACUGAGUAUUUGAUCAACAGUGUCUUUAAAAUGGCAGCAGGUGGAAUGGAAUUGGUAGGUCUACCUUAUAAUCUUGUUCGUUAAAUUUGAGAAUCAAAUUGGGUACAGCUGGGCAUCUAGAUUGAGAGAGAGGAAAUAGCCAACCUGUGAUUCUGAAAAAUCGUAUAUUGCAUGAUUGGAGCUGAGUCCAGGACUUCUGGAUGCAAAGUAGCUGAACAAGAUGAGCUUCUACAGUCUAUAUUAAAGACAGACCCUCUUUCAUUUGGACAAUGACAGUUCAGUUACCGUCACCUGUAACCCUUUGCUGGCUAUCUUCAGUAGGCACCAAAUACAAAACCCUCAAGAUGUCUAAGCGGCGUCAAAGGAAACCAGCAUAGUUGGUUGAAGGUCUCUCUCUCUCUCUCACUAUUGACUGUCCAUUCUGCUUUUAAUGUGAAAAGCUGAGUCUGUUUUUAGGUUGAUAUCCAGAUUGUUGCUUUCCAUUGCUCUUUUCCCAGCAUCUCUGCUCAUCCGCAAAUUCUGAACAAACUGAGUCCAGAAGCCAUGUGAGCCUCUUUCUAGAAAACCAUGGGUAAGCCUAGUUCUGCAGGGAGUUUGACCGUGGUGGUUAAACUCAGAUGAAAGACUUGUGAAGACAGGGCUCAUGCCGCCUCCUUCACUACUGUGUCCGAAUCAGGCCAGUGGACAGAACUUGUUCGGAAUAAAAGCAUGAUGGGAGUGAAAGCCAUCAGCAGCACAGCUUAUUUUAUAAGCAGGACAUAGUCUCAAUUAUUGCUGCAUUUGUUUCAAGUAUGUACAAGGCGCUAAGCUCUGAUUCUACUAUUCUUCAUCUCACUUUUUCAGUGAAGAUCAUUGUUAUUUAAACCUAAAAUUGUACCUGCCCUUAAAAUAGCUACGUUUUGCUGCAGCAGUUCCCCUCCAGAUUAUCAGCUUCAAACACCAGCUGUGUUGGUGAGGACGAAAAUAUGGUUUUACAAUUUUGUUCUACUGGCAAUUGCAACUUAACAGAACUUCUUUACCCAGAGCUGUGCUGCCAAAAAAGAUGGUGUCAUGUGAAAUACAAAAAGUAAACGGAAAAUGCUAUGUUAGCUUCAAGGACAUGUUGAAAGGUUUGUAAGAUACCAAAGGAGGAAAUGGGCGUAGUGCUGAUGACAGAAGUUAAACGAAUGCUGUGUUUUUAGCUACAUUUGAGAGUUCCAGUGUCGUUUGUCAAGUGCUGUUUAAUUCCUUGGUAAUAGAGAAUUUGGAGCUUUGCUGACCUCUCUGGUACAGCAAGUGAAGUACCAUUAAAGAGUUGGCAGUACUGUCCUGUUCUAUACCCCCAUCUUUGUUCCUUUUAAAGUAAAUGGGACCUUGCUGGUAGUGGAGCCUUUGAAAUCUUACAAAUAAAAUUUUGUUUAAUUUACCAAAAAUCUCUGCAAUUCACACUCUUAGGGGAAAAAAAUAGUUGCCUUUAGUUUCCUGAGAGCAAGUCUGAAGCAAUGGGGGGGGAAAAAAACUUUAGUUAAACAAAAAUUCUUGUCCUUUCAGUCAAACUAUUGCAUUUUGCUUUUGAUGUUAGCUGUACACAAGCAGCAUGGAUUUCUGAUGCUCUCAAAGAGGUAUCAUUGCAUUUUACUGAAAGUUUUGGUGUCUUGCUCAGCCAGUCAGAGUUCUCUAAUCUGAACUGAAAGCCUCCUCCCUCAGCAUCAAGUUUCCAUGCUGGUAAUGGCUUGAAAAUGCCACCCUCAAGCUGCCACACAUUCAAAAUGUUUCCACUGCUGUUUAAUAUAUGUAUAUUAGGUUUGUGUUGCAUGUGAAAACCCUCCCACCCAAUUGAUUGUCUGGUGUCUUAGGCAAAUCGUACAUUAAACAGAGAUCCAGAACUUCUCCAACAGUGUUCAGUUUGUAUAAUAUGUAGCUCCUCUAAUACGUUCUGAUUAUCCUGUUACAAAGUGACUGGGAUUUAGUUACCCUUAACGGGUAUUUUGUGUAUGUCCGCAUAGUGGUAUUUUUAUUGUUUCUGAUAUUGAGGUAUAUUGUACAAAAUUUUUAUAAAACUUUAGAAGCUUGUCAAAAAGAUCAGAAGAGAAUUUUGGAGUGAAUAGUGCAACUUUUAGCAGAAAUUGGAGCUGCAGGAACAUAUUUCCCUCCUUAUUUCAAUGAGAAAUGUAGAGGACGCUGAAUCCUAGGAAUAGCCUAGCAAGCAUCUGCUCUCACCUGCAAGGCAGAUUGCUCCUGUACUGGAUAGCACUGAAGUUUGUGCUGUCUCUAUUUAGUAAUCCCUCAGAGCAAUUGGAUGUGAUGGGUAAAUCUCAGUUAUUUCAAUAGCAACCAUCGCCUUUUUUUUAAACAAAGACUGGAUGUAGUUAGUGGGUGUUAUCACAGGAUUAGUGACUGACAAGGCAAAACCAAAGAUGUCUUAAACUAACUCCAGAUAUCAAAUGUUGACUUCAGAGGAGUGUUCGAAGGGAUUUUAUUCUCUUCCCCUCCCCUGGCUCCUAAUCAACUAUUGAAGUUCGAAAGGGAAGUUUUGGGAUUUUUUUUGGUUUUUUUGUUUUUUAAAUAAACUUUGGCACAUGUUCCAUUCCAGUGGUCAUAAGUGGUCCCAUCUGCUCUGCAAAGGCCCUAUUUAUUUGUAUCAGUGGUUGGUUCUUCAGACUUGCCAGUUGCUUUAUUAUCUGGGUACAUUGUUCAGUGUUCAAUACAUUUCCUUGAGCAAACACAGGGACAUACAAAGGAAUAUUGCAAAUACUGCUGAGGGAGGAUGAUCUGUUUUGAGUAAAACUGGCAGGCUGGUAAGUGCCACUGUUGGCGCUUAGAGUCUGAGAAUGUUUUCGAAUGCCGUUAGCCAUAAGAGCACUGGAUCCGUACUCAGUUACAAACCAAGCUACAAUGGUGAUCAGAAAUAUUGUGAAAACCCUGCUGGACAGGGUGUGUUUGUGAGGAAGAAUCGACCAACUCUCCUAUCUGUUUAAAACUUUGGCUAGACUCUGACCUAUUUUCCCAGCCUAGACAGGGCGUGAGGCUUUAGCAUAGGUAGGGGAUGUCUACGCUGCAAUGAAAAACUCACAGCUGGCUUAGCCGAAGAGGCUGUUUUGUUGUGCUGGAGCCCAGGCUGUAGGACCCUGUGAGGUAGGAGGUUCUUAGAGCUCAGGCUGUAGCCCAAACAUCUACAUCUCAAUUAAACAGCCCCUUAGCCUGAGCCCCACAAGCCCGAUUAGCUGGCAUGGGCCAGCCUUGGGUGUCUAAUUGCAGGGUAAAUGUACUCUGAGAGGGCAGGGUGAAGAUUCACCAGUACUACUAAAAUGGAACUGUGUUGUACCAGGUUCACUGACAACCGCUGGUCCCCUAACACUUGUAGCUGUAGUGUAGAUUGGGCCUUAAGUACCAAACCAUACAAGCAGAAAGCAUGUUCAGAACCAGGUGCUGAGCGUGGUUCUGGUUGACCCUGCAGAGUGGCGUGUAAUUCUUUGAACACUGUUUAUUCUGGUCUGGAGCUCCAGAGAGGAUGAGGGCCUACGUACCAAGCUGUAUGCUAUUUGCAUUGUUCAAAGAAAUCUCUUGUGUAUAGUUUGUCACUUGGGGGGUGGUUUAAACCUACUAAAUCGAAGUGCUGCUUUUUGUUCGCUUUUCUUGGGGGCUACAGGGUUCAGAAGCUCCUGGAUUCUUGUUGGAUGGUGUCUCUUUCUCCAGGCAUCGUGACUCUUGUGCCUUAUACAGUAAUUCAGUUGUUAACACUUGGACUGUUUCCUGUGUUGAGGCAGAACUUUGGGAGCUUGCUGGAAAAAUCCUAAAUCUGCUGCUGCAGUAGCUAGGAUUACUUUGGAGGAGCUCAUUUCAGAAUAUACCUUUUGAAAAUAGAUCUGACUAUACAUCGUCAACUUCUGCUUAUCGUGGGCAGGUCAUACAAAUGGGCCUCGGUCAUAAGCAAAGCUGCCAGUUACAAUCUAGCAUUAGUAUGUUUAUACCACUAAUGUGACUUUAUUUUUCUGUUCAAAAGUUUUUUUUCUUUUUAGUUUUGCAACUAUACUUAUAUAAUGGCCUUUUCUUUCCCUGAUUUAUUGACUGGCAUCUGGCAGCAGGGAAGUUAUGCUACACUAUGGCUUUGACUGGAAGGAUUCUUGGUGAUUGUCCUCUGUAACUUUUGUGUGUUAUAACUUCCGAUGUAUAAAAAGUGUGUGAUAUUUUUAUUUAGGGGGCCAGGUGUAUUUGGGUUGGGGUGUGUGUGUGAGAGGAUUAGGUUGAUAAACAUGCCCAAUAAAGGAUACUGCAUCAUUUGUUUACUCAAGCAGACUAUCCUUCAUACCAUAUUGAAUGCACAGUCAGCGAUCUCCACUCAGCUGGUUCACAGAUGAAUGCUUGUCCUCCUUGUAGUGGAGAAUUUAGUCAUGGAAUCUCCUCUAAAGAUUGAUCUGGUUUGGAGCAUUGUUUAGUACCACUAACCUGCUGAGAAAUGUGGGACCAAAGCCACAUUUGCAGGCAGGCUACUUGACUUCCUUACUGCCAAUUGCAAGCUUAUAUAGGUGGAUGUGCUCAUUAGAACAGUACUACUGGCUCCCUGGAGUACUCACAUUUUAUAUCCACCAGCCUACAUUUCUCAUUUGAGAGGCCAGCAGCAUUGUAGCUCUCUCCUGCAUUGCUGCUGAGCUGUGUGUUCAUGGAUGUAUGUGGAUUCUUCAGUGGAGUUCAACAUCACACUAGCAACAUUAGAGUUGAACUUGCACUUCUCUGUUAAUUCUAGUUUUCUUGUUACAAGUUUGGGAUGAAUAUUUCCUUCGGGUGUAAAGAGGACUGAACUUGGUCUGUACAGGAGAGCAACUUUGUAAUUGUGACUUUAAAAGUGGGAAUGGACAAAUGCCAACCUUCCCAUUUAUUCUGCACGAAGCUUUUUUUGUUUUUUUUUAAAGCAAAGCUUCUCUGCCCCCUGUCUGUGCCUGGAUGUGGUGAGUGAAAAGAUUAAUCAUAUGUACAGAUUGGCCUUUUCAUUCAAACUGGUGCAAUUCUAGUGAUGACUCUUAGGUUCUGUAGAAGGGCAAACUACCACUGAAGGUCUCAAUGUUUUUUAGAGGAGCCCUGGUGGACUUAUCCUUUUAUGACUGAGUUCAGCUUUUAUCAUUGUUAACCUGGGAGUCGUUAAUCAGCUGGUGGGAUAAAAGGGCCAUGUUGUCACAACUUUUUUGCUUUUUUUCAUCUAAAAAUUAAUUGAUAGCAGAGGUGGGGUGGUUGAGUAAAUAAAAUGGCAUGAGUCAACCCCCACCUGUGGUCCUGGGUUCUAAUGCUGUUCAGGCCACCUGUGUACAAAUGAAGUUUUGUGUGUCACUAUCUUUUUGUCUCCUCUGCCAAACAAGCACACACUUUAACUCAAUUGGCAUUCUGUGGUGAGAGAUGAACAUCCAGACUAGAAUAGCCAUCAUGUUGGAAGGAUGAAUCUGCCUUAACAAUGAGCUGCGCAUGGUGGGGAGGUUAACCUGCGCCAUAUCUGGCUGGAGUUACUGCUUUGGCACUCUUACGUGCGUGGAAAAGUUUUUUGUCUUGAGCAUAAACCGAAAUCCUCUUGCUGGGUAUAUAGUGAUGACUUUUCACUGGCCAGCUUGUUAUUUCCCAUAUUAUGAAUACUACAUUGAUAACUGGUCCCUGUAGCUGUCCAGUGCACCCCAGUGCUGUAAUCUUGUGCUUGGUUGUUUAUAACACAAAUCUAAAUGUGCUUUGCUUUUCUUCCUUUUGGGAAGUGGAAGGAGCUCUAACAGUGUAAUUAGUCAAAUACUUUUCCUUGCUUUGCUGAGUAACCUGUGAUUAAAGAUCGAUAUCUUCAUCCCUGAGAUACUAGCAAUGAUUGGCCAUUUAGUUAUUUAAAUACACACGCAUACUUGUUGGAGGAGGGCAGAGUAAACUACUUCACUUGCUAGCCACCUGCUUUGUUCUGUGACGAUGGCUGUCUGGCUUGGAUUGCAGAAGAGUCCUGACAAAAAUGGAUGUUGAUUCUUCACGUAGAAGAAGUGACAGAAAAUACUGCCAUGCAAUCUGAAAGGAAUGAUCCGUGGUGCUUGUCGGCACUGCAUCACCCUGCACAAUACGGCUGGGCUGGACUUCCAAAUACAUGUGUUUCUUAUGACUUAGUGCAAUGUGUAUAGUUAAAAAGGCUUUACUGGGUUUUUUUAUUAAGACUAAUCUACGUAGUCUCCUUGGUCAGUUGCAUGUAACAGCUGAAUGUAUGGGAUUGGACCUUAUCUUUCUAGCCAUCCCAAAUUGCUUUUACGUCCGUUACAGUCUGGAAUACAAAAUCCCAGGAUGAUUUUAUUGGCAAUACACAGUGUAUCCCUUGGAGCCUGUAUUACUUACAACCCGUCUUUCUGCUUGUGGACAAGAAAUACCUGCUGCGUUCCAACUCAGCCUCUUCCCCCUUACUCUUUUUGCAAACACUGUGUCUGUGGGGCAGGGGGCAAUGUGUUCUUCUGAGGAGUUGCGUGGCGAUAGAGGCUGCUGUACUGGAGCGACUGUAAAUAUUCUGUUCUAGUUGAAUGUCACAGCUGUUGGAUUUUGCAUUUAUUUUUAAACUAUUUCAUGUUUGAUACUGUGUAUAAUAAAUUUGCAGAAAGUAGA